CUUCGUUAAACUCUCAAACCCCCUGCAGUUCCUUCACAAACCCAAGUUUGGGAAACCUUGACAUAAUGUAAUGUUUAAUGCAUUUCAUGUUGUUAAUAAUGAAUGUAAUAUAUUUUCUUUCUUUUUUACUUGUAUCAAUAUGGUGCAAGAUUAAUUAAGAUUACCUAAAAUGUGUAAUAUAAUGGAUUAGGCUACUAACUACAACUUUUUGAUGGAAUUUGGAAUCAGUAAGUAAUCUACCCAGCUCUGCGUGUUUUCAGUUAAUGUUUAUUUUAUUUCAAGUAGCAAAAUUUCUUUUAACUAUAGUAACCCUGAUAUGAAGUCAUCAAACCUCCCGCUGAGACAACAGGAGAAUGUGGAUUGGCAUUUUACUCUGACGCCAGAUAUGUUUGAAGUCGGUUGGGAAGUGAACGUUAGAUGUGUUUGGCACUGGUCAAUUGGCAUGAAUUCUUCAAACGCACUUUAUCACGAUUCGGCUGGGGGCAGCUCAUCUCAACGCUGUGUUAAUCUCUACAGAUCCCGGGGCCCUGAAGUCUGUCUGUAUCUGUCUGCUGUGAAAAAUGUGCUAAAGCUCGAGUAUUAGGGCUCCUAGCUAUGUGAACUCAGUCGGGGUGUGUGUGUGCAUAUCCAAAGAGGUGUGUGGGUGCCAGAAAAGCUGACCGGAAUGAGAACAUGUCAGGAGCCCAUGACCAAGACAUGUUUUAUUUGCACUGCCUAACUGGUCUGAUAGGCUACCAUUUCUCAUUCUGGCUUAAUUAAACACAGUGUGUGUGAUGACUGCCUAUGCACACUGCACAGCACUUUGAGUAUAGUGCUAUCUGCAAAAAAAGUGUAUUUAGAACACUAAAAGUCACCAUGAAAUUAAAAUGGAAUUUUUUGUUUUAUGGAAUAUUGCAGUUUUAAUUAUAAAUGAUUGAUCUGUGCACAACUUUUUUGGUGUUUUUAAUUCAUGUGCCUUUAAAUCUUUAAUCAAAAACAUUAACGUCCCCUCCCUUUGGAACGACAUCUCUUCUCCCAUGACGUGCGCACUGGCGAGAAGGUGGGACGAUAAUCCCUUUAGCGACCUGUCACUCACAUAUGAUCGCAGCAGUUAGCAACUUAAAAUGUUUCAUUCCUGAAGGACAAAAUCAAGUCCCACCCUACAUUUUUUUUUUUGUUCGAGAAAUGUUUCACUUGGAUAUAUGUUACAAAAGAAGAAAAAUGAUUAAAAUUUCUGUUUCAUGCUGACUUUAACAAUCAAAAACAUAACUUAUAGCUAUUCCACUUAUGCUCAUGCUAUAAGGUUCAACUACAGUAGAUUUCAAAUAAUCACUGUUUACAUUGAUGCACUUAUGAUAAAAUGGAUGGGGCCAAUUUAUUUAUUUAUUUUUUAAGCUUAUAAUUUCAUAAAAACAUUUAUAUUAAUUCCUCUGUUAAAGCUAUUUUAUUAUUAACUAAUGUAUUAUUUGUGACCCUGGACCACAAAACCAGUCAUAAGUAGCACAGGUAUAUUUGUAGCAAUAGCCAACAAUACACUGUAUGGGUCAAAAUGAUCGAUUUUUCUUUUAUGCCAAAAAUCAUUAGAAUAUUAAGUAAAGAUCAUGUUCCAUCAAGAUAUUUUGUAAAUUUCCUACCAUAAAUAUAUCAAAACUUAAUUUUUGAUUAGUAAUACGCACAACUUUAAAUGCAAUUUUUCUCAAUAUUUAGAUUUUUUAUUCCAGAUUUUCAAAUAGUUGUAUCUCGACCAAAUAUUGUCCUAUCCUAACAAACCAUACAUCAAUGGAAAGCUUAUUUAUUAUAAAAAAAAUUUACCCUUAUGACUGUUUUUGUGGUCCAUGGUUACAUUUGAGCUCUAAAGUUGUUUUAUCAUUUUACAGUCAUUUUACAUGUUAUAUUGUCAUUAUGUUGUCAAAUUAGAUUUAACUACACACACAAAUGGUCAGUAAGUGAUUUAUCACUCUAAAAUUAUAUUAAUACACACAUUUACAUAAUGUGGCUAAGCUAUUGAAAUAUUUUAACGUUUUAGGAUUGCCCUCCCCCCAUUAACUUUUAUUGUAUCUCACUGAUUGACAGAUUUUUUUGCUCUUUUAAAGGAAAAAAAAAGAAAUUAAUUUUAAUUACAAUUAGUAUUAUCUCUCAAAUGCUGUCAAUUGAGGUAACUUGUAUAGAACCCUGGAAUAUUUCUAUUUGUUCAACAGUUGUUAUUAGUCUGUAAUUCGGUUACAGACUAAUGAAGAGAAAUCUAUACCUCAAGAGACCAUUUUCCAUGGAAACUAACUAAUCCUUAUAUUUCAUCAGCUUUUUUUCUAUUAGAUUUGCUGCUGUAGUAUUGACUCAACCAUAAUCUCUUUGCUCUUUGUGCUAAUGUUUGUCUCACUUGAUAUUCUUCCAUGGUAAAAUCUGCAGUUACAUUUCCAUAAAAGACUUAAUUCUUGUUAUUCAGCCUCUUUUUAUCUACGGAUCAAAAGCAUCUUCUUUCUCCAUAAAGACAGUUUUCUCAGCUGUUCCAGGUGCCAGACGGUUCGAUGGCAAUCUGAAGGAGAAGGAGGAGGAGUUGUGCUCAAUUACACGUUGGAAUGAGAGCAGAUUGCCUCUGUACACAACAAAAUGGUAGGGGACUGGAACGAGGGGUAUAUAAGGACCCUGCCACCUGAAGCUCUCAAAAACCAAGAUCUCUCCAGCUUUACUCUGCACCAGGAGCUACAAGGACUUCGAAGUUCCUGCUUCGCUUCUCUUACCGACCUUUCUGCGCACUUUAACUUCAACUGUUUGUCAGUAUGCAGCUUUUGUCCAGCCUAGUGUCUCUUUUGCUGGUGCUGUAUAGUGUCAGAGCAGCAGCUGUGCUUCCAGUGGAGGAGAGGAACCUGGCACAAAGUAGGGAGCUGAGCAAAGAGCGCAAGGAGCUGAUCCUGAAGCUGAUCUCUGGGCUGUUGGAUGGAGCAGACAACAGCAUGCUGGCUGGGGAGAUAGCGCCUGUCCCCUUGGAUGUGGAGGAGCCCCUGGAGUCCCGUCUGGAAGAACGGGCCGUCUACAACCGGUUAUCACAGCUGCCACAGCGUGACCGCAAAGCCCCCUGCAAAAACUUCUUCUGGAAGACCUUCACAUCAUGUUAACGGCGCCAGUCCUGCAACGAUGCCGCGAUCCUACCUGAUACCUGACAUGAACUGUGUAGACCUCCACUGUACAUACCAUCUCCAGUGUCUGAAGAAAGGUCUCUGUGGACUUACUCUGACACAGUCUGUUUGUUAAAGACAUUGAUGAUGAUAUUUAUUUAUUUAUUUAUUUAUUUAUUGAUCGAUUACGCUAUUUAUGGACCUUUGUUGUUUUUCAGCAUUAAAAAAAAAGAAUAAAGCAUGGUUAAGAGAGUUGCUUUUUUGAUAAAAGAUGUCUUAUUUACUGUGGUCAAGCAUCAAAUUAAUGUUAAACUGACUUAUGAAUAAAUAUAUAAUUGAUCACAGAGCCAGAUGCGUUACGAAUGAUGUAAUAGUGCUACAUAUAAACGUUUUCACUAAAGAACAAAUCACGUAUAGGCUGUUUGUUACAAGCUCAUCUGAAUGGCAUUUUCACAAGCUGUUGUUGUUUGAAAAUUAAUACACCAGAUUAAUUGAUUGACAGUUUGUGUGGUGGUAAUUUUCCUUGUCAAUGAAUUAUAUGCAAUUGCAGUUGAUGAGAGGGUGUGCUUGAGGUCAUUAUUCUAAACUAAACCCUUGUCUAAUAUUAUUUAUUAUUACUAGUAUUAUUUGCUGGUAAAUUCAAGGCAUUACUAACAUUCAUUUCAGUUUGCCCUUUUGUUCGACAAAAUGAGGCACAUGGGAAGGGAAAAAAUCAU